AUGCAAUACGCUGACGUCUACGUUGAUGACUUCAUCUCUUUGGUCCAAGGUACCAAAAACGACCGUCGUCAAGCCAUGCGCACUCUUCUUCACAUGCUCGACAGUGUUUUUCGACCUUGGGACUCCAACAGAGACACCCCCUUUCGUCAAGAGCCGGCUUCCGUCAAAAAGCUCAAGAAGGGCGACGCCAGCUGGUCUACCAAGAAAGUGGUACUCGGAUGGCUCCUGGAUUCCGUUGACAAAACCAUCAGCCUUCCGCCACAUCGAAUUGAACGGCUCCAAACCAUCCUGGCCAGCAUUGGCCCCACAAAGAAGCGGAUCAGUGCCAAGAACUGGCAUCGUUUGCUGGGUGAAUUGCGAUCCAUGGUGAUUGGAAUACCAGGUGCACGCGGCCUGUUUAGCCCACUUCAAGAAGCCUUUCGGACCAAAACCCCGGACCAUCGUCUUCUCCUGAAUGCCAUGGUUCACCAAUUCCUGGACGAUUUCCGUCAGCUGUCCAAAACCCUUUUCGACCGUCCCACCAGGAUAGCCGAACUCAUUCCUCAAGAUCCGAGUGUUAUUGGAACUACAGACGCUUCAGGGCAGGGGAUGGGCGGUGUUGCUUUCCUCAAUACCCCCUCUGGUCUGCGACCCAUACUCUGGCGGCAUCGCUACCCCAAGCAUGUCCAAUCCAGGUUAAUAACAUUCGAUAAUCCACGGGGUUUGUUGAGCAUUGGCGACUUGGAACUGUCCGCCAUGGUGUGCCAGCACGAUGUCAUCACUACUGCUGCCGAUGCUUGGGAGCACACCAUCCACAGCUUCCACGACAACACAGCUGCCCAAUUUUGGCAAGGGAUCCACCACUACGACAGGACCGGCUGCCGCCCUGCUUCGCCUCCAGUCACACCAUCAACGGGUGUUCCGCUAUAUGAAUUGCUGGGAGCUGCACCACGUUCGGCCGCCGAUUCUUUCUGCCGUGAUCUCGAUAUUAGCCAGCAAACAGUACAAAAGGGUAUCGUUCGAGGAACUCAAGAUUGUGCUGACGCGCACUGGGAGCUUUGGACCAAGUUCUGUGAAGAACUUGGACUCGACCCCCUCCUCCGCGUCCCUGAUCCCGUUCAAUUUCUCCAAGUCUUUGCCACAUGCUACUGCCGUCGACCAGGAAAGUACCCCGGUGAAUGCGUCCAAUCUGGAACGAUUUCAAACGCCAUAUGCUUGGUGGGCCAGACGAUGGCCAGCAUGGGGGCCAGGGAUGCUCGGAAAGACAGCACGGGUUCCAUUGACUUCCGCCUGACUCGGAUGUUCAGACGCACCACAAACGAUGACACACCUUUCCGGUUCCUUGAUGUUCAGCUCAAAGUUGGCGUCCGCCACCUCGACCUUCUCACUACCACACCUGCUGAAUUAUGGGCUGCCACCAGUGUUGCCCUUACAUUCACCACGCAAAAGAAUGGUGUCCGUGGCGAAGUCAUCUGUCACGGUCGGAGCGGACAUGAUGUCCUCUGCCCCGUCCGCUCCAUGAUCCGCCGUAUCCUCCAUCUCCGACAACAUACUGCAAACAUGCACACCAUCAUUGCAACCUAUUUCCAAAACGGCCGCCAUUACUCCGUAAAAUCGGCCGACAUCACCACUACAUUACGCCAAGUUACAGCCGCCUGCGGCGCCGACAUCGGUUUCCUUCCUUCCGACGUCAGCGCCCGCUCCGCCCUUCGUGCCAUGGCCCUUUUCUGCUCCAACGUCGAUCGCGACACCAUGAAUACGCUAUUCAUCCUGGCCAGAAUCUUGUCCCAAUGUACUGAUUCCAUCAAUUCCCGCCGCCACCCCGACACCACCAACAUGGGCAAACGUCAACGUUGA